AUGGAUUUACGUUGGACUUGUUGGAUGGCUGAGUGGGCCGUGUGGCCUUGCCGUGCUUGGAAUUCGAACGCCGUUUGCUGCGGCCGAGGAAUUCGCCCUCGCUCUGGCACGCUCCAAAAUCCAAGUGGGCCCCGCAGCAGCGGGGCCCACCGCUGCA